AUGUUGCAAUCGGUCUGUAGACGUGUUCCUUUUAAGAGAUCUCUGACUGCCCAGGUAAUUAUAUCUGUUCUAGACCGCACUUCAUAGGAGUGCUUCUCAUAAACAUGCCUUUCGUGCGUCUGUCCUCCGAGAGAUCAUAGUUGUGAACCAAUCAAAAUACAAUGUACAAUUCAGCGUAUAAUAUAACCCCUUGUAGAUAGUUAGUUAGCUGAGUAUUCUAAAAUUGUGCUGUUAAGAAAAAUAUAAAAUGAGAACAUAAAUCUGUUAUUUUGUAGAAUCUUGUAGAUAGUAAACUAAAUAAAUUUGAUUACUUGCCAUUGAUUUCUAUGCAUGGUUGUUAAUUUGUGUUUAGCCGUUAUCAGCUGUCACGCAAUAAAAAUCUUAAGCUUAUUAUUUGACUUUUGAUAUGACUCUCUGGCUGCUCUUCAGUUAAGCAAGAGGUUUCUGAGUCAAACAAAAGAUGAGAGUCUCACGAUUUGCAGUCAAGAAGAUGGCAUAAGGAGAAUUGUACUAAACAAUCCAAAACGAAGGUAGAGCACUAACUCAUAAUUGUUACUGUGGCAAUCACUUUGAGGCUGCAGAAUUCGUGUUACUUUCUUACACACUUUGCCAAGUCAUAUGGAACCAUUGAAUGAGUGGUAAUAACUACACAAAGUCCUUCAAUCAUUACCCUAAAACUAGAGGAAUGAAACUCAUGAGUGCUUGCACGUGAAAGAAACUGUUAGUUUGGCUGGGAACAUUGUGCGGAUGCUGAAGCCAUGUGAAAAAUUGUUAUUAAUUUAUUACUAUUAAUAAUAGUGUGCCUUUUUUCCCUUCAGGAAUGCCCUUUCCUUGAAAAUGCUGGAUGCAAUUAAGUCAAACCUACUUCAAAAUGUAGACUCUGAACUUAGAGUUAUUGUCUUGUCUGCAAAUGGAGGUGUUUUUUCCUCUGGACAUGACCUUAAAGAACUGGUAAGGCCACAGUUCUUGUAGCAAAAUGACUAGGUUGCUGAGCUGUGUUGGUUUGGCAGAGGACUUGAAGUUGGUGAUCAAUGGUAUAUAAACUGCUUUGGUGCACUUUAAAAAGCUAAAUUUGCUUCUUAGGUUCUUUUACCAUCAACAAUUUGUAGUUGAUCAUCACCUUAUAAGUUCUUUUGGUGUUAAAAAAAUGUUCAUUUAAGUUAUGUUUUGCAGGAGCAGGCUACCCUUUCAAAAAAUUUUAAGACAAUUAUCACCACAAAUCUAGUCCUCAGAAGUAGUUUUAAAAUAUUCAAACUGGCCUGCAAAGUGUAUUGAGCACUGAAUGAGAAUUUUUUCUAUUACAAAUUGCAGACAGAAGAAGAAGGAACUGACCAUCAUGCCCAAAUCUUUCAUCGUUGCACUGAAGUCAUGACACUUGUUCAGGUGUGUAAUUUAACGUACUCAGUUUUUCUUUUAUUCCCUAAACCUCUAAGAGUGACUAAGAUCUAAUUUUUCCUUACAAUAUCACCCCUUAAUCUCACAUUAACAUCACAAGUGUAAAGGAAAUGAUUGCCAACCAAAGAAACUCUUGAUUGUCAAACAAAUUCUCUUUGUCAGUACCUUAGGAAAUGAACAGAGAACAGUAUGGAGAAUAUGCAUAUUGAGGUUGGGAAGAAAAGGUUGAUCUACUAUACCUGAUAGCAUCAAUUGUUACUAAAUUUCUGUCAUUUCUGUAGUAACACACAGAGAAAUUGUUGAAAAUUUACUGAAAAGAAAACAAAAAUAAUUAGUUUAGAACCUCUAAACAAAAUACAAAUUAAUCUUUUUUUAAAUUUAAUUUAAAUAUUUCAGGAUAUUUCUGUUCCUGUCAUAGCACAAGUGAAUGGUAGGUAUAGGAAUUCACAGGAAUGCUAGUGCAUUUUGACAUCUAUGGGCAGGAAUAUUGGCAAGAAAGUUUUUGUUUCCUAGUCAAUGUGCUCUCUUUAUUUCUUGCACAAUUCUUUGGUGAUUGCGUACAGUAAAGGAAGGGCCAUGGGUUCAGAGCCACUUUAACCCUUUAACUCUCAAGAAUCCAUUAGUAAUUCUCCCUACAUUCUGCCAUACAAUUUAUGUUAUGUUAGUUUGGAGAAUUAAUUUAAAAUUGGAUCAACCAACAAUGCCCUAAUUGAUAUAUUUCUUUAUUCUCAUUACUUGUCUGCUUUUUAUAGUGCUGAUAGUGUAAGGAGAAAUUCUGUCUUGGUCACCAGUGGGACUUUAAGGGUUAAAUCAUCAAAACAAUAAAGUUGCUCUGAACCAACUGUAUAGUACUCCGUAUGAGUAAGAGGAACCUUACAGAAUUGUGGUUGAUCAUGCCAAGAAAAUAGUUGAUUAACUAAAGACAAAAUAAAUGCAUAUAUGCCUCCAUGGUCAUUAAUCUUUUCGCUCUACAGCUUUCACAGAGUUGUUUUUUGUAAUUUAUUGAAGGUUCAUUUUGUAUAUAAUUUACAGGACUUGCAACUGCUGCAGGAUGCCAAUUAGUAGCCAGUUGUGAUAUUGCAGUGGCCUCCUCUAAUUCACAAUUUGCUACACCAGGGUGAGUAUGCACAGAAAAACAAGACUUCAAGGAAAAGAGACACUUUUUACAAUAUAGAAAAUUGUAGAAAAAUUGUAGAAAACACCACUUGUUCAUGAAAUAAACAGUAUGGCUGCCAGUCAUUUUUGUAGGUUAGCCAAACAUUUUAUGGCUUGAAGCCAGAUACAUGUAACUAAAGAGACAAAGGCAAAUUAAAAAAAAAGGAGCAUUAUGUAAUUAUAUUUUAUGAAAAUUCUUAAUAAUAGACCACAAACACUAAGAAAUAUAAUUAUUACAACCUGUUACUUGACCUAUUUGAAGGCAGGUCACUAAAUUUGAAAUGUCCAAUAUAGUUUUAUACUCACCAUGGUAACCAAAAUGGUCACAGCUUGGAGUGUAUUGCUCAAGGUGCCUUCAUGAUCAAGGAAAACCAAGAACUGCAUGCAAAGGCUACAAGACUAUGUCUACAUUGUCCAUCUUCAUCUAUUAACCUACAUCGAUUGUACAUGAAAUCAGUAUGAAUAACAAGGCUUGCAGAAAUCUCAUCAGUCUAAGAAUUCAUAAUUUUUGAAAGCCUUUGUAAAUCAUUGCAUUGUUUUAUUUUGUUGUUUGGUUGUUUUUUACUUUUUAGUGUCAACAUUGGGUUAUUUUGUUCUACUCCUGGAGUUGCUUUGGCUCGUGCUGUACCUAGAAAAGUAGCAUUAGAAAUGUUAUUUACUGGCAAUCCUAUUAGUGCAGAUGGUAAAGACAUUUUUCCUGGCUAGAGAUAUUUUAGGAUUUUUAAGUGACAGUUGUAUCUCUAUUUAGUUCUUCUUCACUUGGUGUAUCGAGAGAGAAGGCUUAGGAUAACAUAGUUUGGAUCCCUGCGAUGUGAACAUUUUCCUCCCCCUUAUGCCUACCCCCCCUUCAGCAAGAACGUAUCUAUUUUGCGGCUGACGGCUAGUCGCACCAACAACUCAGUCUACUGAUGGAAUUCUGGAUCAUAUCAAACUAACAAUCAUAUUGUGUUAUUUUCCAAUUUAACAGAUGCUCUUAAGUCUGGCCUCCUUAGCAAGGUUGUACCUGAGGAAAAACUAGAAGAAGAAGUCAACGCGAUUGCCACAAAGAUUGCUUCAUUAAGUCAGCCUGUUGUAGCUAUGGGAAAGUCAUGUUUCUACUCACAAACCAUGAGAGGACGGGAUCAAGCUUAUGUGUGAGUUUUAGCUAAGAAUGACAGAAAUCUUCUCAAAAUUUCACGCGAAAAUGUGGUGCUUGGUCGGUUGAAACUACUGUUUGGGGUUUUUUAGCUACGAGGCCCACUAAGAUUUGUAAUACUUACAUUUUGAACGUCUAGAAUCUAUUUAUGUUGCUGCAACUUCAUUGAAUAAUUCCAGUUUAGAGCGCCUCUCAAAUGAGUUUUGUCAAAACGAAACCAUGUAUCUCCAAUUGCCAACGAGAACAAAGGAAAAUAUCACCAUAAACCAAUGAGAUCUCGAAUUGAAAGCGAAUCACUGCCGAAGAGCGGGAAAACGCAAAUGAACAAGACGUCAAUCGCUUAAGAUUUGUAUCUUGUUAGAGGAGGGAGUAACACUAACUUACUAUACUAAAUAAUUAAGUGUACAGGAGCGCUUUUCAUUUUACUGUCUAGAACUAGAAGUUAAAUAAUCUUAAAAGGAGAAAAUGAUCCUAGUGAGGCUUAAAACGGAAUUUAGAGUCAUAGCUUUUUUUUUUUCCUAUAUUCACGUAGCUGUUAAUUUUUGUUGCUUUUCAGAGAGGCGGAGGCAGUGAUGGUUGAGAACCUGAAGCUUCGUGAUGGGCAGGAAGGAAUCAAGGCUUUUCUUCAAAAAAAAAGCCAUCUUGGACACACAACUGACUGUCAUUAGCUGUAGUUAGAGUCUACACAAUAUUUAAUUGCGUUGGUUUCGCUUUACUUCACUACGCUCUGUGAUUGGUUAAAAAAAACUCACGCCAUUCUCUUAACCAAUCAGAUGUAAAACCUAAAUCAAUCGGUGCCCGGUCACUCACGUUUCCCGCGCUGCGGGCAAUGUUUGAACUCCAUAAUCUCAUUCACUUCUUGUGAUAUGUCUCUUGUUCUGUUUGGCCGUUGGUAUAAUUGGGAAAAAACAAGGUAGGAGUUGUUCGUCAGUCCAGUGUUAUAUUUCAGUAGUCCAAAAAAAAAAAAGGUACUUUAUCCUCCCGGAUGAGAAUUGUAAUUGUUUGUUCACGUGAAUUGACCUUCAAAGUAUUACAUUUGCGCACACGAUUAUUUAUUUAAACUAAUAUAACGUUUUUGCAUAUAACAUUUAAAAACAAACUCAACGGAUACAACGCACUAAAUUGAUGAUGGCAUGAGUCAUGUCGA